UCAAGAGGUGGGAUCAUGGAUGCGCACUGUUGAGUAGUAUCAUACCAGGAUGAAACGACCGUCCAGUGUUCCCAGGUUUUACAUAGUGGUCUAGAUUCAAUUAACUUAUGAAUUCAACUGUAAAAUUGCUAAGAUUUCCACAAAACCCCUUUCUGAUUUACACCAUUGAUUAAGUAUUCUUUUUGACUAUUUAAAGCAUUUUUUAAAUGCAUUUACCAUAACCUACUUGUAAGUGUUACUUGUUUUAAUCUCUUCCUUAACAAUAACAAUAAUCAUUAUAUCAAUACAUAAAAAAUAACAAAUAGAAACCUCAGAUUUGUGAUGCUUAAAUUAUCAAAGAAGCGGUGUAGAAUUAUGGUCUAUUUCAGCAUCAGUGUAUUUAUCUUUACUACUAUAAUAAUAGACCUAAUCCCAAAAUCGUACAUUUGUCAUGAUGUAACAACCUAAUCUAUAAGAUUUUACGUGCAAAUCACACCAUGGUCUACGGCGACUCGUCCUAUCAUGACAGUCAGCAAUAUAACAUCUAAUACUUCCGAAGUACACAUUUUUAGGCUGGGUAGAGAGUAAUAUAUUCAAUACAAAAGCAAGAGGUUAUAUGGGAUGACUACGUUUGCAUGGCCGAGUCAUACCAUUUCGACUGACUAUUUCCGCGUUCAUCAUUACUAACCUCCUCCAAGUGUUAGAUGUUGAAAGUAAAUCUUCUCAGAAAUUAUAUGUUCAGGUUCGAGAAUUAUGUGGUUAGAAACCAGUACCACUACAACAGUUUACCACCUCAUUUAGGCGCGCACGAAUUAUCCUGACACAAAAAUUUGAGUAAAAUCAUGUAGUUAGAUUGAAUGAUAAGGCAUUUUCUUUUAUUCUAAAGCGUUCGAGGAAAAAAAUACGACAUAGCCUAUGAUAGUGUGAUGAAGUUUGAAAUGCAUAUGAUAUCGACAAGGUACAAGACAUCUUUAUUUUUAUUGCCGAAACGUACCUUCAAUGAUAUUUAGAAAAACCCACACCAUACAAUGACCCAAUAAGGUACAUUAAUUCAAAUUCAUUCAAGUUACAACUAACCUAUUAUAGUGCUGGAAUAAUUACAUUAGGUCAGAACCAAUAUUACUUUUUCACAGCACUAACUAGCGCUAAUCAACUAAAUGCAUAUGAUUUCAAGUCACUUAAACUAGUGAUAACAUGAUAACUUGAUCAAUAAAAUUUGAUUAGAAACAUGUAGAAAAUGAUUAUGAAACUGGUUACUGCUUGUUGAUCAAUAGAUACAGAUAUAUACUGAGAUUAGAUGGCGGUUGGAGGUGGUCGACAGGAAACCCUGAACCCGGGUUUUGUGCUACUUGGCACUCGUCAGCGAGGUGUACCUGUAAUCUUGAGGGAACUGGUGCUCCCUGACGGAUCCGAUCCCGUUUUGCCCAGCUUCACAGUCAGAGACGUUACCACUGAGCUACCCGGGCUGUGACCGACCUCCUGUGAGACUGAGAUGUAAUCACAAUUGAUUAAUCACUGGGUGGUGAUCAAUGUCAUGUGUGUCAAGUCCCGGGUUCAGGGUUUCCUGUAGAUUACCUCCAACCACCAUCUAACCUCAAUAUUUAGUACCCGCAGUGUUGAGUCACCUAGACUAGUGGCCACAUUGCAACAUGUUCGAUAGCAUUCGAUCUGCACUAAAUAAGGACUUGACACACAUGACAUUGAUUACCACCCAGUGAUCAAUCAAUUGUGAUAGAUAUAUAGUUCUACAAAACUAUUUGAAGAUAUUUUAUAACACAGAUUGAUACCAGCUGGAAGAAUAUUGAUAAACAUCAAACAUUUUAUUUAGAAACUAUUUAUUAGUCCACAUUCAUGGUUCACAUAUUCCGAAGACAUUAGUUAUCAUUGUUGACUACCAACAUGAUACCUUGAUCGUAUAGUCAUAGAUGAUUAUUAUUUCAUUCCUGAUAUUGUUGAAUUUCAUUCGUUUACAGAUUAUCAGUGGAACUUCUAUCAUUUUAAUUACAUAAGUUAUUCAUAAGUACAUGAUUACUACUUUGUAAUAAGGCUCUUUAAAUUAAUAAACAUUCAUCAAAUCCUUUAUUAUAGUAAGAUUUGAUGAGACUAUAAUAUAUGGACAACAUUUGAGAGACUUUAAGGUGAUCUUGAAAAUGUUCGCUUACUUACUAGUGUUAAAUGAGGUUUAGAAGCUAAUAUGAGGAAUUAGAAUUAUGGCUUAUAGUUGAUGGUUAUGAUGAAGAAUUAGAUUUGGUGUUUCCAUCACGAACUAACAUAAGCUAUAAUUCCAAAAACGCUACUUAGCAAAUCAUCAAACUGUAUCGCGAGGCAUGCACUAACUUGGAAUCCUGAAGGGAAACGGAAAAAAGGAAGGUCAAAGAACAUAUUACGUCGGGACAUAGAAACAGAUAUGAAAAGGAUGAAUAAGAAGUAGAAAGAGCUGGAAAGGAUUGCCCAGGACAAGUUUGGAUGGAGAAUGCUGGUGAACGGCCUAUGCUUCUUCACGAGAAGUAAUAGGCGUAAGUAAGCUAUUUAGCCAAAUAGGUGAAUGAAUUUCGCGCCAAAAAAUCCAAGAUCCGUUAUUCUAGAUCUGAUUGGUUCGUUCAUAAAUUAUAGUCUCGCCUAAGACUCUUUUUUUUUUGUAUUCGGGACUUGCAAAAACAUCAAAAGUAAGCAUUUUAAAUAAUAAUAAUAAUAAUAAUAAUGAUAAACAAAGUGUAAUGUUAUCUAAAACAUACCAUAAUGUAUUUCAAGGUCUACUAAGUUCAUUAGACAUGUGAAUAUGAAAAUACAAACAAGAUUUACAAAGAUAAAUAAACAAACUAGUACCAUUUUAAACACUCAGUAUUAUUGAUAAUAAAAAAUUAGGCGAUUUGAAAAGAUCGUAUGUGUUUUUCAAAAAUAAAGCAUCUCUUUCAAAUGAAUAAGUUUGUUUGUCUAUAUAGAUAUAUGUACGGGGUUAUUUGGCUUAUAAACAAUAAAUAAAUGAGUACUGAUGGAUAGCUGACAGAUGUAUUCCAAGUAAGGACCGGAGUCAUACAAGGCUGUCUAAUCUCUCCCCUUCCUUCUUUCUUUUAGUGGUCGACUGGAUUAUGAAGACCUUGACAUCUGAGGGAAAACAAGGAAUACAAUGGACAGCUCAGAACCGAUAAGUUGAUUUGAACUUUGCAGAUGACCUAGUCCUCCUAUCCAAUACACACGAACAAAUGUAGAUAAAAACAGUCAGUGUAGCAGCAGUCUCUGCAUCAGUAGGCCUCAGGAUACACAAGGGAAAACCAAGGUUCUCAAAUACAACACGAAGAACACCAAUCCAAUCACACUUGAUGGUGAAACUCUAGAAAAUACGAAAUCCUUUACGUACCUGAGAAGCAUCAUCAAUGAACAAGGAGGAUCAGAUGCAGAUGUAAAGGCGAGGAUUAACAGAGCAAGGGCCGCAUUCCUACAAUUGAAGAACAUAUGGAAUUCAAAGCAACUAUCAACCUAUUUCAAAGUCAGAAUAUUCAAUAAGAACGUCAAGCCAGUCAGUUCUACUGUACGGAGCUGGAACCUGGAGAACUACUACAACCAUCGUCAGGAAGGUACAAGUAUUUAUAAACAGUUCUCUACGCAAAAUACUCAAAAUUCAUUGCUUGAUGUCAGACAAGGUUAUUCACUCUCACCCUUUCUCUUUCUCCUGGUGAUCGACUGGAUUAUGAAGACGUCAAUAUAUGAGAAGCAUGGGAUAUGAUGGACAACUAGAAUGCAGCUAGACGAUCUAGACUUCACAGAUGAUAUGGCUCUUCUAUCGCACACGCAACAACAGAUGCAGGAGAAGACGACCAGUGUAGCAGCAGCAGCCCUAUCAGCAGUAGGAAUCAACAUACACAAAGGGAAAAACAAGAUUCUCCGAUACAACACAGCAUGCAACAAUCCAAUCACACUUGACGGAGAAGAUUUGGAAGAUGUAAAAACCUUUACAUAUCUGGGCAGCAUCAUUGAUGAACAUGGUGGAUCUGAUACAGAUGUGAAGGCGCGGAUCGGCAAAGCAACAGAAGCAUAUUUACAACUGAAGAAAAUGUGGAAGUUAAAACAACUGUCAACCAACACCAAGGUCACAAUUUUCACUACAAAUAUCAAGACAGUUAUACUGUAUGGGGCGGAAACCUGGUGAACUACGAAAGCCAUCAUCCAGAAGAUACAGGUGUUUAUUAAUAGUUGUCUACGCAAAAUACUUCGGAUCCGUUGGCCCGACACUAUCAACAACAACCUACUUUGGGAGAGAACAAACCAGAUCCAAACGGAGGAAGAAAUCAGGAAGAAGUGCUGGAAGUGUAUAGGACACAUAUUGGGGAGAGCACUUAACUGCACCCAACGGCAAGCCCUCACAUGGAAUCCUCAUGGCGAAAGGAGAAGAUGAAUACCAAAGAACACAUUACGCCGAGAAAUGGAGAUAGACGUAAGAAGAAUGAAUAACAAUACGAUAGAACUAGAAAGGAAUGCCCAGGACAUAGUGGGUUAGAGAAUGCUCGUCAUUAGCCUAUGCUCCAUUGAGAGUAACAAGUGCAAUUAAGUAAGUAUGAAGUCAUGUGAAUGUGACAAGUAUUUUUACUGAUUACAUUUUCUUAUAAAAAUAAAUGAAGUGAACUAUACACAUUUCAAAGAUGUUUUUAUAAUUCAUAAUAACAGCCAAAUAAACAUUGUAGAAUUUUGGCUUAGUAUUUUUCCUAAUCAAUGAUCGUUGUGGUAUUCAUAAUAAGGCACAAUUCCUAUCUGAUGGUGAGUGUUUAUGGAAAUGUGAAUACGUUUUCACAUUAGAUGGGUGGAGGUGUUCUGUAAGAAAAUCAA